CCGAAAUAAUUUAAAAUGCGAGUGAAAAAAGCACAUUGGGCGAUGUUCGCGAUCACGGUGGCCAUCAUAAUAAGCUGCAUGAUAGCCAUCACGGUGUUCGCGGGCUUCAAGCACGAGGACGUCAAGUUCAAGACCAUGCUGGUCAGCAUGGUGAUAGUGCUGAUCUUCCAGUACCUCAUCGCAGAUCCCAUCAAGUUCAUGAUCCUCUCGCUGGACAGGAUGUGGUGGCCGCCGCGCAUCUACAUUCCGCCGCGCAGUGACAAGGACGAGAGGGAUGAGAAGCAGGAGAAGGAGGAUCGCCGCGACUUCCUGAAGCAGCGCCUGAGCAGCCAGCGCUCCAACCUGAUGCUAUCGUCGCGCUACCGGAACUGGAGCCUCAACGAGCAGUACAAGAUGAUCGCGCUGGACCUGUUCACCUACGGCCAGUACUUCCUCUGCCUGAUGUGCCUGGUGCUGGUGACGCGCGACCAGACGCUCUACCACAACACGCGCAGCAUGACGGACCUGUUCAUGUACAACCACACGGACUACACGGGCCUCAAGGAGGUGUACUUCCUCAACCAACUCUUCGACUUCAUCGAGUCCACGCUGGUGAUCGCCUUCAACUCGAAUGCCACCAAUGGCAGUGCGCCCGGCUGGGUGCACGCCGAGCAGUCGGUGCUCCUGGGCGUGAUUCGCCUGCGCCAGCUGCGCGUUGAUAAUCCGGAAAUCGGCCUGGAAACCCCAAAGUUCUCCGAAAUGCACUACAUGCCCGACUGGCAGCUGCCGUACCGGAAACUCCACUACGCCGACAAGUACUGGCGCAUCUACGAGCCCUGGAUACCCGUCAGGCUGAGCUUCGAGUUCCUGGACGCCUUGCUCAUGAACUUCAACCACGUCGGCUCGCUCAACAGAUAUCCGGAGCUGGCGGGCUACGUCAGUCUGCUGGCCAGGAGCGCGGCGAACAGCAUGAAGGUCAUCGACUACCUCAUCGAGUACCACUGGCUGACGCUGAACACCUCGGCGGUGUUCAUCGACUUCACGCUGUACAACGUGGACGUGAAUCUGUUCAGCAUCUGCACGCUGCGCGUGGAGAAGACGCCCUUCGGCGGCGUGGUGCCCGACGUGCAGGUGGAGAGCGCCAAGCUGCUGGAGGACGUGGACCAGAUGCCCUACACGGGACUGCUGGCCCUGCUCAUCUACGUGGUGGUCUUCAUUCAGUUCUCGCAGACGCUGGCGGUCAAGUUGUGGUACGAGCCGCACCUGCUGAAGAGCAUUUGGAACAAGAUGGACCUGUUCAUCUUCCUGGUGAACCUGAUGGUGAUGGUGCUGGUGGUGCUGCGCGAGUCGCUGGUGUCCAGCAUGAUGAAGAAGGUGGAGGGCGCCAGCAAGAUGGAGUUCAUCGACUUCCGGCGACCGUCGCGCUUGCAUCAGUUCACCACGAUUACGAUCGGCAUCUUGAUAUGCAUCACCACGCUGCGGCUGUGGCGUGUGCUGCAGUUCUCCAGUGUCUUCCAGCUGUUCACCCGGACGCUCUACUCGGCGUGGGCUGCGGUGGCCAGCACCGCGAUAGCCAUCGUCAUCUUCCUGAUUGGCUUCUGCUUCGCGGUGGUCACCAUCAAUGGGAACAACAGCAUCAACUUCAACGACUUUGUCAAGAGCAUGGUGAUGUGCAUGUGCUUCUCCUUCGGCUUCAGUGCCCAGGUGAAGCCCUCGGAGCUCUUCCACGGCGGCAAGUGGCUGGGCAUUCUGCUCUACGGCGUGCUGGCCUUCGUCAUCAUUGUGCUGCUGAUCAACGUCUUUGUGUCCCUGAUCAACGACUACUUCACGUUGGCCAAGACCAUUAGGGACGCGGAGAAGGAGAAUCACAUCAGUUUCUUCGAGUUCCUGCACGUUGAGUUCUCCGGCCUCUGUGGCCGAUUCCACAAGUUGCCCUGCCUUCGCAGGAAGUACUUGCGUAAGGGGCGCACGGUGGCGGAAAACGUGAGCCGGAAACUGGAUUCGAUGGACAGGAGACGCGCGAUGAAAGAGAGGCAGCGGCAGGGCUACUACCAAGUGGCUAGCCGAGAAUCGGCCGAGCAUGCCCUGCUGGCGUACAAAGAUCGCGGCGAGAAGUUGGUCAACGUGGGCAAAGUGCUCAGCACGCAGCUCAUCUUGCUCAACAUGUUCCUCUUCGACGACGACGUUGUCUGGCAGCAGGCACAGCAGGCGCAGCCGGAAGCUCCAGAUCCGGAGGCGGAUUGGGAGCCAGAGGGAUCGCCACCGAAGAAGAAUAGGAGCCAGGACGAGGCUGAAGCCUAA